AUGAAAGAAUCCGUAACCAAUCGCCCGUCCUUGUUGGACUUGCGAUCCCAUUCCGCCAACUCUGCUGCGUCUUCUUCUCGACCCCUUCGAUCACCACGUCUUCAUGUUGCCGGGGAAGCACCCCCCGAGCUGUCCCCCCUGGAUGCCUUCGCCCUGCAAAGCCGGCUGCUGGCUCGACAGCUCCAAGAGACGACCAACAAGGAUGGAAAUCGCGUCAGCCGAUUACCACCUCUCACGGCGGAGAGUCCUUUAAUCAUCCAAGGCCGCUCUGAAUACUUUCGAUCCAUGUCCCAGGAUUCGGGAUCUGAACGUGAUGAAUCUCCCGCCCCUCCGCUUUCUGCUGGCUUUGGCGGUUUGGGGCUGCGCACCGAGAUGGAAGACGCCUUCUCGGGCGAAAUCGAACGGCCGAGAUCUAUGCACCCACGGAUGAGUCGAAUCCCACCUACCCCCGAUGAGGGCGUCCCUCCUAUGCCAGAGGACAUGCCAGACGUACCAGACAUCCCGGAGUUUGCUCGAGGCAGACAGCUGGGGCAUCAAAACGACAAUAUCAACUUCUUCGGUGCCCGUCAGGAUCGUUCGCCAUCACCACUCCAGAGCGAUACCCUCUCUCAGCUGGACCGUCAAUCAACAAAAUCCCCGACUCCGUCUUACCCUCAAUCAACCUCAUUUUCUGCAUUUUCAAACUCGUCUCCUCGAAGGUUCAAACAGAGCUCCUUCGACGAGGUUGGAUUGGCGCCACCUAGAAGCCUCCUUGCUGGACGAUCGCUGAGCUCUUUGUCCUCCCCUGUACCCCCAGACGAGGAUACGUUCGGCAACAUGUCCAGCUCUGUUCAGUCUCUUCCUUCCAGGAAACUGUCUUCCGGUAGCGCGGCUCUCCCACCACACAUGGCAUCCUCCGUCCUUCCACCUUUCCAACGAUCUCCAUCCGUUGCGUCUGAAUCCUCCGCUCUUCCUCGACCCGCCUUCAACUUUUCUCGACCCAUCAGCAGAGCUGGAACGCCAAAUCUGGACCAUCCUAUCCGGCAGGCUUCAUCAGACAGCCAGCCAUCCUUUAUACUGGCCGAUGAGUCGGCUCAGACUCCCAUAAGUAUGCACAGCGAGGCCUUUACAGAGCAGCCAUCAGAUGACAAGACCGGCGGGUCUUAUGUCUAUUCCAAGUUUGUUCUACCUCGAGGAAAGUCAAUUCAGCGUUCAGAAUCCUCGGAUCUUCCGCCUCAAGCUGGUGCACCACCCUCACCCCCUACUCGACCUUCUAGCUCCUCAGCUCGCGCUGUCCCCGACGAUGCCGCCAGCAUUUCCAGCGCCAUGUCAAGACAGCGGAGCGAUGCGGGCAAACUCAGUUCAGAAAGCUCUCAGUUUGCGCCCUAUGGACGCGCCUCACCAAACCCCAGCAGACCGUCAACUGAAUCUAGGCGGGGGACUGAAGACAGUUCCAGAGGCAGGACACCAGCCUCAGUCGGUACAAGCGACUCGGCCCAGACAAUACGCCCUACUAUGUCUGUCCGAUCUAAUACGAGUACUGUUGCACCUACGGCUGCUGAAAUGACGGCCGAAGAACAUCUUGCCAAGGGGAUAGAAUGCCACGAGAACGGCUCUCUAAACGAGUCGACGUAUCACCUCCGGCAUGCCGCCCGACUAAACCACCCAACAGCCAUGCUUCUGUACGCUCUUGCCUGUCGCCAUGGUUGGGGCAUGAAGCCCAAUCAGAAAGAAGGAGUACAAUGGCUACGAAAGGCAGCUGAUAUGGCAAGCGGCGAAGUUGCGGAGGACGAAGGGAUGGCCAAGGAAGGGAAGCGCAUCAAUAUUGCCGAAAACAAGACCCACAAGGCCCAGUUUGCUCUGAGCAUUUAUGAACUGGGCGUGAGCCAUAUGAAUGGAUGGGGCAUUGAACAAGACAAAGCCCUUGCGCUGCGUUGCUUCGAAAUCGCUGGCACUUGGGGCGAUGUUGAUGCUCUAGCGGAAGCUGGUUUCUGCUACGCGCAGGGAAUCGGCUGCAAGAAGAACUUGAAGAAGAGUGCCAAGUUUUACCGUAUGGCUGAAGCCAAGGGCAUGAGCAUGGUGGGCAACAGCUGGAUUCACAAGGCAAAAUACAUGGAUGACGAGGAUGCCCCUGAACUCCCAGCGGAUAAGAAGAAGACCCGAGCCCGCAGCAAAUCCCGCUCCCGCGCAAUGUUUGGCAAAAAGCCUGUUUCGUGA